CUGGCACAAACACGAAUAAAAUUAGAUUUGGUUUUAAUGAAUAUAUUAUAUACUAUAUAACAAAAUUAAACUGAAAACUUCAACACCAAAAACAUGUUGAAACCGAACGAAUCAACAUUUAUAAUGUUAUAAGAAAAACUACAUGUAUCAUCAGAACACAUAUAAUCAAUAUUUUGUGAUUUGAUACAUACUAACAUUUCUGAAGGCAGGACAAUACUAUAGACAAAAGAUCUUCAACUAUCUAUUGAACAAUUUUUUUUAUGAUAAAUGUAUACAUUGAAUAUUUGAUAGUAACAAAAUGAGGUGGCAUUACCGAAAUUGUGUUUCUGUUUUCAUAUGUAUAAGUUUUAGUAAUUUUCUUAUAGGAAGAUUUGUUUUAGAAAAGAAUCUACGAAAUAAACCAGUGGAAAUAAAUCUUAGUCAAUCUGAAUUGAUAAAAAAGGACAAAAUUGUGCAACAAUUAGAUUGUCUAUAUUUUGAGAAAGAUGUGUUUAAAUUGUCAAAUGAUCAAUUCGAAACACAUACUAAAAAGGUUAUCAUGUUUUACAAUCUGCCAGAGUAUAAGAACAAUUAUUUAAAGACGGAUCUUUAUUAUAAAAACUGCGAUUUUAGAAAUUGUAUGUUUACAAAGGAUGUCAAAUACGUCCAUUCUGCAGAUGCGCUUAUAUUUUAUAUUGGUUUACGAAAUAAGAGAAUGGGAGAUAUACCACCUCUAACAGAUCAACAAAGAAAUCCUAAUCAAAUUUGGAUUUUCACAUCAAAUGAACCACCAGAACAUUAUUACAAUAGGGACUUUAUGUUAUCGUCAUGGAGAAAUACAUUUAAUUGGUCCAUGCUAUACAGACUAGAUUCAGAUAUACCAAAUCCCUACGGUUGUUUAAUGCUCCAAACAUCUGAAAAUCAUCUAAAUUAUGAUGUAAUCUACGAAUCAAAAGACAAAAAUGCUCUUUGGAUUGUCAGUCAUUGUCAAGUUUCUAGUGAAAGAAGAUUAUACGUAAAUAAAAUGAUUAGACAUGGAUUUGACAUCGAUAUAUAUGGUGGUUGUAGUUCUGAUGGCCUAAUGAGAAGCCGAAAGGAUCUUGAAUUAAUGAUUCCAAGAUAUAAAUUCUUUCUAGCAUUUGAAAACUCUUUUUGUAUUGAUUAUAUUUCAGAAAAAUUCUUUCAAAAUUAUAAUCACAAUUGGAUAAUUCUUGUACGAGGAGGUGCGGACUACAGCAAUUUAAUACCAAAAGAAACGUUCAUUAAUACAGCUGACUUUAAAAACGUGUCAAGCCUUGUAAAAUACCUUUUUAAAGUAUCCAAUGAUAGAAAAAUAUAUGAGAAUUAUCUUAGACAAAAAAAUCGUUUUAUUAGUUUACGAUGGCCAGUUAACAGGAAUUGUGAAAUAUGCCGUAGAUUAAAUAACAUAAAUAGUUUUAAAAAAACAUACGAAAAUGUUGGACAAUUUCUUAAUCAGGGACAAUGCAGACGGGCAAAAGAUUUGUAAUGCAUUUCAUUAUGCACCGUACAUAAACUCGCUUAUAUAAUGCAUUGUAACACAAAAUAUAAUCACUUGAAGAUCAAUGGGGAAAUAACAAAUAUUUUAAGAGAAAUCUAUUCCCGAUGACAUUUAGGCUUGAAGAAUAAGACUAUAUUCAGAAGUUUGGCGUGAAGAAUAUAAAGACUUUGGUGAAAGUGUCUAGAUGACUCCUGAAGUAGAUUUCUAUAUAAAACAUAAUUAUUUAAUAAUUAUUAUUCCAAUGCAUGUCCUGUUGGAACUGAAUGCAGUAGUCAUCACUUAAGGCAAAGUCAGAUAAAGUGUGCACUCGGUUAUAAGAUCACUUUUGGUAGGUCCUGAUUAUCUCCCUUUUAUAAAAUUAUUUGUUGCAGUCAUAUUUGUUUAUACAAUAAACUUGGCUAUAAGAAACUUCAUAUAAAGACACUUAUCAAUUUGAGUUGUUUAAAGCAAACUGUAAAAAUCAAACUUAUUUCUCACGGUUUUUCAUAUAUUGACACGAUUGAUUGAUAGAUGAAAGCACAACGAUACCGUUGAAAUUAUUUAUAGUUGUUGUUAUUGUGCAAUGUAUAAUUUUCUGAAAUACAGUUGCGUUUUUAAGAAGCUAUAACUUUGGAGGGAACUAAAACGUUAACUCAUUAGUUCAGUGCUUUUUUAAAAUUUUGUACACACUUUGUAAAUCUAAAGCAAAACAGAAUCCCUAACGAAAACCCAAAUCAAUAAAAUUAAACAUGUUCCAAAGCCUGUUCAUGGAUUGUAUUAAGAAAACACAAAUUGUAAUUGAAACCUAAUAAGGU